UGUUUAUAAGAUUUGUUUGGUAAACAAUUCUUUCAGAGCCUUAUCUCCCGCUUUUUCACUUUUCUUCUAGAACGAAGUGAAAAUUUACUGGAAAAUGUCAGUCAAUUCCGCGCCGAUCGACAGGGAUCUGGAAGUGUCAAACGCCAACAGAGGCGUCUGGCUUGUCAAGGUACCGAAGUACAUAGCGAAGAGAUGGGAGAAAGCUCCAGGCUGCAACGAAGUUGGCAAGCUGAAAAUCACCAAGCCGGCGGGCCAGAAGGCCCAGGUAUCGCUCACCCUCGCCGAGUCCAUCCUACUCGAGGAACCUGGGAGCGAGCACAUACCGAAGGAGCACAGGCUCGACGUGUCCGUCGUUUCCAGGCAGACUCUUGGCGUCUUCUCACAUUACACUCCUCCAACCGAUCCCGAGGCCAUCGUCCCAGAGACAGAGAAGCUGUGCUUCGAAGGAAAGAUCGUGCAAAAACUGGAAUGUCGACCUUACGCUGACAACUGCUACAUGAAGUUAAAGCUUGAAUCUAUAAGGAAAGCCUCUCAACCGAUGAGGCAGAUCAAGCAGCUGGACAGGAUUGUGCACAAUUUCAAGCCCGUCUCUGACCACAAGCAUAACAUCGAGUACGAGGAGAGGAAGAAGGCCGAGGGCAAGAAAGCCCGGGACGACAAGGAAGUCGUGCUCGAGAUGAUAUUCGCAGCCUUCGAGAAACACCAGUACUACAACAUCAAAGAUUUGGUCACCAAGACACGUCAGCCAGUUGUCUACCUCAAGGAAAUCCUUAAAGAGGUGUGUAACUACAAUUUGAAAAACCCCCAUAAGAACAUGUGGGAGCUGAAGCCCGAGUACCGCCACUACAAAGAGCAAGACGAGCCUUCGACCAGCCAAGAGACUUAAAUUCUCCAAAUUUGGCUUUUCCCACCGAUUCAGAAUUUUUAAUUUUUCCUUUCGGGAGCAUUGUCCCAAUACUUCCGUUUUAAUCCACGAGCUUUAAUUUAGUUGUAAGUCUUAAUUAUAUUUUUUGUAAUUAAUUGAAAAUUAUUUAUACUGUUUGUUGUCCGCGUGGAUUGGUGAGUUGGAAAUGUGAGAGACAAAUGGUACGAUAAUCAAUUAUAUAUUUUAUUUUUUAUAAAAUGAAUAUUUUAUAUAAUGCAAUGCCGAAUUUAUUUAAACAGUAAUGAAACAUCGAAUUUAGUCGAAAAAUUAGACAAACCUGACUGUUCAAAUAUAUAACCAGUUUUAGAUUAGUUUCGAGAACAAACUUUUGAUCGUUUAUGGAAUUAAAUGAAAUUGUUUUGUUGCGA